UGCCAUAUCAGGUGACCGAACAGGGCGGAGUCCCAAAUCAGGCUGCCUAUCCGGGUGCGUAGCGAGGAUGUCCUCCCCCUCUCUCCUUCCCACAAACCGGAAACUGACAGCAUACCUAGGGCAGGAAGCCCUGUAGCCCGCGCAGAUGCCUCUUCCCCGGGAAUGAAAAUCAACCACCCCACCUCUCAGGAUUCUAAUCCUUCCCUCAAAACACGCCUUCUCCAACAACAGGGCCAUCUGCUAGAGUACUGCCUCGCUCCCCUCUGCACACUGCCUCGCCCCCCUCUGCACACUGCCUCGCCCCCCUCUGCACACUGCCUCACGCCUUCCUCUCUUCAUGAUGCGGCCUAUGUAUCGCGAGAGAAUGAAAGCACAUCAACGGCUAGUCGGCGACCGGUGGUUGUCUGUCGGCUCGCGACCAUCCCCUCCCCUUCUCAUGCUAGGCAGGAUCGACAAGCCGGCACCGACCGAGCAGCCUCACAGCAACCACACAACAACCUCACAGCAACCUCACAGCAACCUCGUUAGGACAGUAGCACACACUUCCACGGGAUAUUUCGCUUCUCAUAUCAGGACUUGGACGCCUUUUCGUUCUUUCUGAAAUCCUCUCCGCGCGCGCCUCUCUCUUCUCACCGACUGCCGGAAAUCAAGUUAUCACCCGUCGCUUCACGAGAAAAGAACUUGCCAUCA